AUGGAAGCACAGAAUAUCACAAGGGUGUCAGAGUUUAUCCUCUUAGGAUUCUCACAGACCCGGGACCUUGAGAAAUUCCUGUUCCUGGUGUUCCUAUUUGUCUAUGUCACCACCGUUGUGGGAAACCUCCUUAUCAUGGUCACAGUGACUUUUGACUGCCGGCUCCACAUGCCCAUGUAUUUUCUGCUCCGAAACCUGGCUGUCAUAGACCUCUGUUAUUCCACUGUCACUUCUCCAAAGAUGCUGGUGGACUUCCUUCAUGAGGUCAAGACCAUCUCCUACCAGGGCUGCAUGACUCAGAUCUUCUUCUUUCACCUCUUGGGAGGUGGGACUGUCUUCUUUCUCUCAGUGAUGGCUUAUGACCGCUACAUAGCCAUCUCCCGGCCCCUCCACUAUGUCACCAUCAUGAACACUCAGCUCUGUGUGGGGCUAGUGGUGGCUGCUUGGUUAGGGGGAUUUGUUCACUCCAUUGUCCAGCUGGCUUUGAUGCUCCCCUUGCCUUUUUGUGGUCCCAAUGUUCUGGAUAACUUCUACUGUGACAUCCCACAAGUGCUGAGACUUGCCUGCACUGACAUCUCCCUCCUGGAGUUCCUCAUGAUCUCCAACAGUGGAAUGCUGGUCCUCAUCUGGUUCCUUCUCCUUCUGAUUUCUUACACAGUCAUCCUGGUGAUGUUGAGGUCCCAUUCAGAGCAGGCGAGGAAGAAGGCAGCUUCUACCUGCACCACCCACAUCAUUGUGGUGUCUAUGAUCUUCAUUCCCUGUAUCUAUAUCUAUGCCCGGCCCUUCACCCCCUUCCCCAUGGACAAGGCUGUGUCCAUCAGCUACACGGUCAUGACCCCCAUGCUCAAUCCCAUGAUCUAUACUCUGAGGAACCAGGAGAUGCAGGCAGCCAUGAAGAGAUUAGGCAAGCGUCUAGUGAUAUGUAACAGGGAGUGA